AUAUCAUUAUCAGAUAGCUCGACGUCUGAACCUGACAUUCAUGCGAAUUUCUGCUUGGAGAUGGUGGACGGACCCCACCUAGUUUGGGGGCACCGAUGUAGCGGGAUGCUACUUACAUGAUGUUCCCGCCCAGCCUGUCUCUUCAAAAGAAACCCGGGGUCUUCGCUGUGAUAUUUAUGUUGUUCCCCCACAUUUAUAUAGAUUCCCAUAUGCGCAGACAGAAAGAGAAUCCGGUACUCGACGGAGCCAUGUGUUCUUCUCUGUUUAAAUGGUGGCUCGGUCCACACCUGACUUUUUCUUCCUCUUCCCUUCUUCUGACCCUCCUCAACUCUCCUUUCUUUCAUUCUUUUUUCCUACCUGUCUUUUUUUCUUUCCCACUUUUUCACUUCUGCCAUGGCUCCACUCCUGAGCCUGGAAGCGCAAACGAUAAAUAACACCCUGGGCGCGGUUUUCUUGGGAUUGCUGGGUGCAUGUUUGUGCGUACUUUCUUUUUUAGCUUUUUUAUUACUCUGAUCCAACGGCCGCCCGCCCCCAGUCUUUUUGGGAUAACGACUCUUCAGACAUAUCUCUACUUUCAUAAUUAUCCUCGGGACACGACCCUUCAUCGCCUAUCAGUUGGCGUAUUAUACCUCCUCGACACGCUCCACCUCGCGCUCACGAUCCAUGCCAUGUAUUUCUAUAUCGUCACCAAUCGCGGGAGGGGAUUGGUGGAAGCGGGCCCGGAGAUCGUCUGGUCAAUCAAGCUCCAAGUAGCGGUAAUGGUCGUGAUCAUUCUCUUCGUGCAGAGUCUUUACGCGCUCCGGAUUUGGCUCCUGAGUGGGUACCACCGUGGGUUCCUCCGGUACCUUGCGGCGCUGAGCGUCGUUGGUGGAUUUGGUAUCGGUAUAGCGUUAACAUACGAAAUAUAUAUGACCCGAACAUUCCCGUCCCUCUCGUCAGACGACAAAUCCUGGGCGAUGGAAUCGUCCCUAGCGGCGUCAACGCUGAUCGAUUUCGUCCUGGCGCUCGCAAUGUGCUAUUAUCUCCGCAAAGGCCGGGGUUCAGAGUCCGAUCUGAAUUCGCGCAUCUCCGUGGUGAUGCAAUAUACCCUCAGCUCGGGCCUGGUCACGAGUGCUUGCUCGUUGGCCGUGUUGUUCACUUAUGUACUUCUGCCAAACACGCUCAUAUUCAUCUCGCUAGAGUUUUUGUUGACACGACUAUACGUCGGCUCCUUCCUAGCGAUGCUUAACGCCCGGAACCUCCCAAUCCUCGACCGGCAGGAGCUUGACACCGUCGCUGCGUCAAUGUCGAUGCCGCCUCGCUUCAAGCAUUCGAGUAUGCACUCCAGCGUGCGCUCUAGUCUCAAACACUCAAUCCGACUGAAACAUCUCAGCUCGAGCUCAAAGUCUUCACCGAGCUCUGUGAGUUUUGUUUUCUCUGCCGUUUUCUGA